AUAAGCAGGAAAGUGGGCUUGAGCGCCAACACCUCGCAGUUCACCCUGGGGGGAGAGCCCUUCCACAUCAUCGGGGGAUCCAUCCACUACUUCCGUGUUCCCCGGGCCUACUGGAGGGACCGGCUGAUGAAAAUGAAGGCCUGUGGCAUCAACACACUUACUACGUAUGUGCCAUGGAGUCUGCACCAACCAGAGAGAGGAGCCUUCAACUUCCAAACACAGCUGGAUUUGGUAGCCUACAUCAGUCUUGCUGCUGAAUUGGAAUUGUGGGUAAUUUUACGUCCAGGGCCGUACAUAUCCUCUGAGCUGGACCUCGGAGGACUGCCGAGCUGGCUGCUCCAAGACGACAACAUGAGACUGAGGUCGACUUACCCAGGCUUCACUCAGGCUGUCAACACUUUCUUUGACAAACUUAUACCAAAAGUGGUUCCACUGCAGUAUAAGAAAGGUGGUCCCAUUAUUGCAGUGCAGGUGGAAAAUGAGUAUGGAUCCUUUGCAAAGGAUGAAAGUUACAUGCUUUUUGUCAAAGAGGCUUUACAGUCCAGAGGGAUCACCGAGCUCCUACUAACAUCAGACAACCGCAAUGCAAUGAAGUCGGGGGGUGUUAUUGGAGCCAUCAGAUCAGUGAAGCUGCAGAAGCUAAGUCAAAGAGACAUCCAGGAUCUGAAUGCUAUCCAGCCCAACAGCCCUAACAUCGUCAUGGACUAUUGGACUGGUUGGUAUGACGUGUGGGGUGACCUCCACCAUGUGCUUCCUCCAGAGGAUAUGGUGUCCACCAUCAGGGAAAUCCUGAGACGAGGCAUGUCUGUCAACCUCUACAUGUUCCAUGGAGGCUCCAGCUUUGGCUUCAUGAGCGGAGCACUCACUAAUCCGUCCUACAAAGCACUGGUCCCUAGCUAUGAUUAUGAUGCUCCCUUGUCUGAAGCUGGGGAGUACACUCCAAAGUACCAUCUCCUGAGGGAUCUACUUCACCGCUUCAACAUUGAGAGUAUCCCUGACCUGCCAUCCCUGCAUUACAGAGAGGCUUAUGAACCAGCUAUCAUGUACCAGCACCUGUCAUUAUGGGAUGCUCUGAGCUUCACUGAGGGACCAUUUAAGUCACUCAAGCCAGUAAACAUGGAGAGUCUUCCUGUGAACAACGGGAAUGGCCAGUCGUUUGGGUACACGCUGUAUGAGACCACCAUCACCAGCGGAGGAUUCUUGAAGUCUGGAGACAAUGUCCGAGACAGAGCCUUAGUCUUUGUUGACAGAAACUACAUUGGCCUUUUCAAGCGCCAGAGCGUGGAGCUGGCGGUUCCUGAUGGUAAGGAGCGGCGAACCUUGAGUCUACUGGUGGAGAACUGUGGACGAGUUCACCAGGGAAGGGACCUUGACAAACAACAUAAAGGCCUUCUGGGAGACAUUUUAUUAAACAAUAUUCCCUUGCGGAAUUUUACAAUAUACAGUCUGGAUAUGAAACCCAGCUUUAUUGAUAGUCUUUAUCAGGCACCAUGGAAAUCUCUUCCUGAGAAUCCCAGCUUCCCUGGAUUUUUCAUGGGGAGGAUGUUUGCGUACGGGUAUCCCAGUGACACUUUUGUGAAGCUGCCAGGCUGGGAGAAAGGGGUUGUGUUUAUCAAUGGGCUGAAUCUGGGCCGAUACUGGUCCAUCGGACCCCAGCAGGCUCUCUACCUCCCCAGUCCCUUUCUCAACAGUGGAAUCAACCAGGUCAUUGUGUUUGAGGAGCAAGAGGGAGACUUCAAGGUCCAAUUUGAGGACACACCUGAUCUUGGCAUGGCAGCAGACAUCCAGUGA